AUGUUUAGUGGUUGGUGUUUUACAACAAAUAAUAGCAGCUGUAAGGGUGGUAGGGUAAUGGUGGCUUGGAACCCUAAUGCUUUCACUGUGUCUGUGUUGGGGAUGUCUAGCCAAAUGAUACACUGCCUGGUCUGUCCUAGGAACAGUCAUAAAGAGUUUUUUUGUACCUCUGUAUAUGCUUUUAAUCACAAUAAUGAGAGGGUGGCUUUGUGGAAGGAUUUGUGUGGGAUUGGUGGAAACAUGAAUAAGCCCUGGGUGGUGAUGGGUGAUUUUAACUGUGUUUUGAAUGUAGAAGAGAGGAUUGGUGCACCUGUUAGACAUCAAUCUAUGGUGGACUUUAGGAAUUGUGUUACUUGUUGUGGGUUAGAGGAUGUGAACUCAGCUGGUCAUUUCUUCACAUGGAACAACAAGCAAGAGGGUGAUAAUAGGGUGUUUUCUAAAAUUGAUAGGGUCAUGGCUAAUGAUAUGUGGAUGCAGCUUUUUCCUAGUGCAGAAGCUGGCUUUCUCUCUGAGGGUUUGUUUGACCAUUGUCCCAUGGGGUUAUCUGUGUAUCCAUGCAAUAACACUGCAAGGAAACCUUUUAGAUACUUUGACAUGUGGAAGCAUGCUGAUGGCUACACUGAGUUGGUUAAAGCUAAUUGGGAUAAGCAUGAUGUGGGAACUCCAAUGUACCAGGUGGUUCUGAAGCUAAGAAGAAUGAAAGGGGUGUUCAAGCAAUUGAAUAAAGAUGGGUUCAAUGAUAUUCAAGCAGCUGAUUUGAAAGCAUUGCAUGAACUGACUCAGUGCCAGAGAGAGCUGCAUAUGAAUCCAACUGAUAGUGGUGUUGUUGAUAAGGAAAAUGCAGCUGCAAAUCAAUACAGGAUUGUGCAUUCAGUGUACUUAUCUUUUCUGAGACAAAAAUCUAAAGAGGCAUGGGCCAAGGGGGGUGAUGAGAAUAGUGCUAUUUUCCACAAGUAUUAG